GUACCCCGCACCGUUACCCUUUUACCGGUAUAUCAGAUAGCUAAUGUUUACACCUAUCAUGACUCGACAAAAGCUUAGACUACAGAAAACAGCGUAGUCAAAACUUGUCCUUGUAUAGAACUAUUGCAGAGGUUUCAUCAAGUACGAUGGCGAAGACGUCUGCAAAUUUCAUGGACGAUGAUGACUUCACUCAUGUCGUCAAGGGCAUCAGGUACCCUCCUGACGUCACCAAGGACAACCUGGAAGCCAUGGUGAACUUUGACCUUCGGGAUGACGACAUCAUCAUAGCGGCUUUUCCAAAAGCAGGAACCAACUGGAUGUUAGAAAUCGUCAACAAGAUCCUGUCAGCCGGCGGCCGGACCGACGCCUCUUCUGACGACAUGGUGGGAAAGCUGGAGUUCACAUAUCCUCACGAGCCACGCCCCCGUCACGUGAUGCUGCAGGAAUGUGCCUCUCCCCGCGUCAUCCUCACCCAUCUCACCCCGGACACCGCCCCGCCUGUGAUCGCUCAUCCUCAGAACAACGUUAAGGUGAUCGUCGUGAUGAGGAACCCUAAGGACACGGCGGUCUCUUACUUCCACUUCGAACAGAAGCUCAGGUCUCGUUUUGGGCGGAAGCCGAUCCCUUCUUGGGACGAGUUCUUCCAGUUGUUCCUAGCCGGAAAGCAUACAUACGGCUGCUACUUCGACCACGUCCUUGGCUGGUGGGAGAGACGUGACGACCCCCACUUCUUGUUCUUAAAGUACGAAGACAUGAAGCAGGACCUUCCCAAAGCCGUGAAGACAGUGGCGGAGUUCCUUCAGGUCAAAAUGGAUGACGCUUCCAUCGAGACUAUCGCGCAUGCGUGCACCUUCUCCAGCAUGAAGGCCGCCCUGGAUAACUCACGGUAUGGAGACAGGACUGUGAACGCGCGCAAAGGUAUUGUUGGGGACUGGAAGACGAUGUUUACCGACGAACAAAGCAGGAUGCUCGACUUGAAAUGCAAGACAAAACUGGAGGGAACUGGAUUGCAUUUAAACUUCGAAUAAGUCUAUCUUCACUUGAUUCAAGGCAAAGAUUGCAGAUUGCUAUUGGACUGAGCAGAGUACCAUGUCUUGAGAUGUAAAAUCCUGGAAAAAAUCUUGAGAUCAUUUUAAAGAAUCUUGAGACUUUCUGAAAGAUCUUAAAUGUUCAGUAACAAAUCUCAAGUUUGUUUGGAAAAAUCUCGAGACUGUCUCGAAAAAUAUUGUGUAAAAACUUUUGAGAUUUACCACACAAUCUCGAGAUGUUUCUGGGGGUUAUGGCUUGAAAGUUCAUCUGUCUGUGUUAAUAAACUUUUGGCAACUUAUGGUCAACCGUUCUCUGAUGAGUCAAGUGUUCUAUCUCCAUUAGGUGACAUCUUUAAAGCCCAUGUUUUGACGUAGACAGUAAUCUCCAAGCAGAUCCUAGGGUAGCAAAAGUUAGUACUAAAAGCUGACAGAGGAGUAAAGACGGCAUAGGAGUGUGUGUUUGCUACCGGUGCCCGUCUGACUCCCUUUGGCCGGCUGUACUCCUUUGUGCCAGCUUUGAUCUUAUGGCAUCGUAGGAUCUGCUUGGAGAUUAGAAGACAACCAUAUAAACAGUAGAAUUUUAGGGGUCUACAACACCUACGCACAUACAUUUUGUACCAAAUAUUUGUCACAAUCCAUCCAGAGGUUCUUAAGAUAUUGUACGUACAGACAUGGUACAGUAGAAGCCGUCUAAUUGCACUUCCCAUUUACCAUCACAUUUUGUGCAAUUAUCCGGAUGGCGUAACAAAGCGAAGUCAUUCAGCUGGAACGCAUCACUAUGGGACUUUGGGAUUCCAUGCAAUCAACAGAAUUGUAUCCGUUGUGCAAGUAAAUAACUUCUACUGUAGAAAUAGUAGAUCUGGUCCGGGCAAAUGGCCUGUGAUGAUUACGUACAGACAUUAAAAAAAUCAAAACAAUACCUCUCAUUUUUCACGGAGGUAAUACCUUUCCCGCGUGGUUUGGUCCAAAGGUUCACCUUCAGCCAAAGUUGACUGAACAACAACAAAAAGAGUUCUCGCUUUCUAAUUACGUUACGCCGAUAUGGGUCAUUGUUUACUGGAGCAUAACGUAUCGUCUGGUCCGAGGUUGGUCGUUCUGUGUUAUGUUGAGGGUUUAGAACCUCACCUAUCAGUGGGUGAUUCGGCGACACACUGAGUACGUACUGUGUUUUACAGGUAAGGAAAACACUUAUUAUGUUUGUUAAGCAGGGAUCCGGAGUAAAACAUCACCAACUCAAUGGAAGGUCAUUUUAUGGUUUAGUCGUAAUCCGUGCUAAAGAGCUAUUAUCAACAUUACUGUCUUAUGCAUAGUGUUGUACAAGUCACGACCUUAGAUAGCACCGUGUAGAGAUUAAACCAUGUGAAGGUAUCGUGAAAGAAUUGUGUCAUAAUAGUAAACAGAAGAGCUGAUGUUA